CUCGUGCAGCAGGCUUUACGCUUGAUCGUCCAGACCGCACCCAUCAUUGACAAACAAGCAAGCAGCUAUCAUCGGCAUACUUUUGACUUAACGACCUCUUACUUGACGACCUAUCAACGAGACCAGUGGGCGUCAAGCGAUUCAGCUACCGCUACGCGUGCGCUUCACUCCGUCUCAAAACCCAUCUGCGGCGGGGCUCACUUGACGUGAAUGGCGCUCGCACGUCCGAGUCUAGCUGGUGUGAGCCUCUAGUGAUCUUCGAGAUCAUACCCACCUUUCUUUGCCGGAAUGCUACACACCUGAGUGACAAGUGAUAAGGCUAUGAAGGAGCAGAAAAUGGCCAUCGGAGAGGUCAAAGGAGGAGGGCAAGUGGCGGGUGCUUCCCAAGCUCCUCCUCCUCAGCAGCAGCAGCAGCAGCAGAGAACCAGUCAGAGCCGCCUGGAUCGUCUCGUAGGUCUGCUCGGUACUGGCUCCAAUCCGACAGUCAGGAACAUUGCAGCUCAGCAAUUAGGUCAAAUAUGUGCUCUACGCAUGCAUGGUGGAGGAGGCCCGAAUCAAGCAGGCUCGUCGUCCUCCUCUUCAGCCGCCACUCGAGCAGAAGUCAUAGCGUCAUCAUCUGCCAGUUCUUCGAGAUUUGACUCUGCUCGCAAUCUCUCGAGAACUGGCCCGGAGGCGGAUUGGAACGAAGCUCUUUCUCUGCUGGCUAGAAUCUUACCUUCUCUGAGAAGCAAUGCGUGGGACACUAGGAUUGCGGCUGCUUCAGCUGUGGAGCUUGUAUGCGCCGCUGCGGGCACAUGGGACCCUUACUUUGGUACAACCGAGACCAGGGAGAAGCAGAAAACGCCCAAGGAAGAGGGUUUCGUGACAACUCAGCCCAGCGACAGAAUGUCCUUUGAAACAUUUGCCAUUGCGAAUGUGCUUUCUACGGGUAAGAAACUUCUCUCAUCAACUGGCACGGAAUACGACGUCGGCUCGCAUCUAAGCGUGGAAGAGCGCCUUGCUAAUGCUAAAAAGGACAUGGAACGAUUGGGACUGAUCGGCAUGGCAGGCGAAGAGAUGGACAUCGGAGUCGACGUAGAGAGUGAAUUGAAGGGCGCGUCAGAUACCGCUACUGUCAAGAUGGGAGCUUCAAGCAGCGUUCCAGAGUCUACUGUCAAACAUGAAGAAUCAGCAUCUCAAUCACCUGCUGCUCCACCUGAAAUUGAUAUGAGCAAGUUGUCAGCUCGCGAACGGAAUCAGCUCAAGAGGAAAAGGAAACUGGGCGUUGCGGACUCGACUCCCUCAUCUUUGGAGCGCUCUUCGUCGGACAACAAGAAACGGAUUUUGGAGACGUCGAGCGGUAGUGCUUCGCCCAGCGUUGCUCCGGGAGCCGGCGCGAACCAAUCCUCGACUGUCCCAGCCGGGGGCACGCCCGGCACCUCUCCAGCCCCGCGGCCAACCUCGCUGACUUCGCCGGACGGCGAGUGGCCUUUCAAGGUUCUACAUUCGCUCUUGCAGGCUGAUCUCUUUGCAGCGAAAUGGGAAGUGAGACACGGGGCAGCUCUUGGACUAAGGUCUCUGUAUGCCACUCAAGGAUCUGGCGGAGGCAUGUGCCUAUUCAACAGCUUGCAGUCCAACGUCGUCGGUCACGAAGAAUGGAGCAACGAUGCUGCGCUGAGGCUUGCUUGCGUGCUAGCGCUUGACAGACUAGCGGACUUUGUCUUUGAUCAUGUGGUCACCCCUGUGAGGGAAACGGCUGCACAAGCCCUCGCGGCGCUUCUAAGGCAUAUAUCCAAGGAGGGAGUAGAGGCUGUUCAGAGAGUCCUCGUCGAUAUGGUCAAGCAAGACUGGGUGGUGCCUGCAUCCGACCCGAAAUCUGACGUUGCGUGGCAGGGGUUGAGGAAACUGGACGCUGGUAGACGGUACAAGGGAUACGCCUGGGAAGCUAGACACUCUGGCCUGCUCGGCAUUCGAUGGCUCGUCAGUGUUCGUACUGACUUGCUUGAAGCCGGACAAUCUCAGAAUGACAAUGCCAAGAAGGAGAACGGCCCAGGUCUCACUGAGCAUCAUGCCUCUCCUAGCGAUCUGUUGAAGCGCAGCGUUCAGGUCGCUGUUGCUUGCUUGCGAGACGAGGAUGAUGAUGUUCGCCACGUUGCUGCUCAAGCGCUUCUUCCAGUUGCAGAACAAAUUGUGAAGAGUAUGCCGAUGGAGCUCGAUAUUGUCUUGUCAGAAUUGUGGGCCUGCCUCGGCGACCUCAAGGACGACCUCUCUAGCAGCGCAGCCGGAGUCAUGGAUUUGCUCUCCAAAUUGGUAUCACAACCAGCAGUCAUUCAGCGGAUGGCUGCAAGCGGCGCGGAUUCAUUGUCUUUGCUUGUGCCUAGCCUCUUCCCAUUCUUCCGACACACAAUCUCAUCGGUUCGGCAAGCUGUUUUGAACGUGCUCAGCGCACUUUUGGACAAUUCGUCCGCCUCGACGCACCUCAUCGAUGACAAGCUACUUCGCUUGCUCUUUCAGAAUCUUAUAGUCGAGGAGAAGUCGAACAUUCGAGCUCUGUCCGCCACCAUGUGGGAGAAGGUCUUGGUCGCUUCUCUAACGAGUGUGAAAGGCGGCGCAUCUGGGACGCUGGCCGACCAUCUCGCCCCGCAUUUGGACACUCUGUUCCAAAUUCUGAUGACACCCAUCGGCAUGCCUUUCAACCUGUCUCUGUUCUACCGUGCCUCGGGCCGAUCAACGCAGGGUCACGACGUAGACAAGCAUGCAUUGGCACAAGACCUCAGCCUGGUCGGAGUCGAUGUCGUCAUCCGGAGCAGGUUAGGCGCUGCGAAGGCUCUUGGUGGUGUAUUUGCAUCUUGGAAGGAAGAUGACGCCGAUGCGUUUGGUCGGCAUCUGAAGCAGUAUCUUGUCUCUGCAAGCGCUCUGCAACGGUGCCUCGCAUAUGCCGUGAUACAAGAAUGGGCAGUCUUUGCCAAGUCACGGAACGUGUUCGAAGUAUUGCGCUCAGGUAGUGUAGCACAUGACAUCUCCUCCAUUCUGUUUGACCAAGUCGCUGCUCCGCCACCUCCGACUUACGGCGAAAUGUCCGUAAUGUUGCAGCGCAUCCAAUUGGAGUGCCAAGGACUCUUCAACACGGCUGCGAGAGAGGUCAAGGUUCCAAAAGCAUCUGUUCCAGAGCUUCCGAGCACUGUCGAUCCACUGGGUACCAACGCGAAGGCGUUUACUGUGGAACUCGCCAGAUAUGUUGUCAGUACGGGCCUACAAGAGCUCAUCGACACCGGCGCGGCGUCAUCAAAAGCGAAAAAAGUCGCGUUAGAGGGUCUCCAAGAAAGAGUGCGAAAACUUGUAACCUUGCUUGGCAGAUAUCAAGCUACCAAAGAGCAGCAGGAUUGUCAGGUCUUUGCUGGGUGCGCGACAGCUCUGGUUGCUCUUGAGACUGUUCCUGCGAAACUCAAUCCGCUCAUCAAGAGCUUGAUGAAUGCAGUCAAGUUCGAGGAGAACAUCGACCUACAGAUGCGAGCUGCGCGAGGGGUAGCCUGCCUGAUCGCUCUAUGCAGCAGACCAGACGCUCGUGCAAAUCCUUCCGACAAAAUCAUCAAGAAUUUGUGUGCUUUCGUCUGCCAGGACGUGUCAAAGACCCCUAUCUUCACCGCCGUCAAAGCGGACCACCACGGCGUGCUCUUCCUGCGCGAGCAAUCCUCGGUGCCGAGCGGUGCGCAUGCUGCUGCGAAAACGGAGCAGCCCGACAAGACGGAAGAACAAAGGCAAGGCGAGCUUAUUCGGAGAGGUGCUGAGGCCGCUUUAGGAGAAGUCGCAGAGGUCUUUGGGAAGGAAGCCUUCGCCCAGAUCCCAACAUUGUGGGACAACGCUUCGGGCGGACUAGCUUCAGCGCCUGCCACCGAAGACGAUUUGGAUGAUGCGAAAGGACAGGCAAUCCUCGAUUCUUGCACGCUGAUCGGCGUACUGGUGCCACGACUGCACACGGGCCUUCAAGGCAAGGCUCUGGAGGUUCUCUCGCCGCUUACGCAGAGGCUGCGCAGUCAGUACACGGCUAUUCGCGGCGCUGCCGCACGCACGUUGAGCAUCCUUGCCAACAACUUGACCGAAAGGACAUUGCUGCACAUUGUCGAGCAUGUUCUACCUCUGCUCGGGGAUGCCACACAUGCUGCCACACGCCAAGGUGCCGUCGAGACCUUGGCACAGGUCAUCAAGGUGCUGGAUGUCAAAAUCCUGCCAUACGUUAUCUUGCUCGUUGUACCGGUCUUGGGACGCAUGAGCGACGUGGACGAGCAGGUCAGGCUGACAGCGACCAGCUCGUUUGCCUCUCUCAUCAAGAUGGUCCCUCUCGAGGCUGGUCUUCCCGACCCACCGGGCUUCUCGAAGGAAAUCUUGCUUCGCCGUGAGCAGGAAAGAACCUUCUUGGCUCAGCUUCUCGACGGGUCCAGGGUGGAGCCUUACGAGCUGCCCGUCAAGAUCAAUGCUGACCUCAGGUCUUAUCAGCGGGACGGAGUCAGCUGGAUGGCCUUCUUGUCCAAGUUUCAGCUCCAUGGCAUUCUUUGCGAUGAUAUGGGCCUCGGCAAGACACUGCAGUCCAUAUGCAUUGUAUCAGCUCGCCAUCAUGAACGAGCUCAGCGAUUCGCGGCAGGUCAGCCUCCAGACGCCGCGCCGUUGCCUUCACUCAUCGUGUGCCCGCCUACCUUGGUGGGACAUUGGCACCACGAGGUGCAGAAGUACGCCAACAACUUGCGGCCUGUUAUGUAUGUAGGACAACCACAGGAUCGGCGCUCGCUGCAAGCUCGGAUACGACAAUUUGAGGUUGUGAUCACGUCAUACGACGUCGUUCGCAAUGAUGUCGACUUCUUGUCGAGCAUCGAUUGGCUUUACUGCAUCCUCGACGAGGGCCACGUCAUCAAGAACGCCAAGACGAAGACGACGCAGGCGGUGAAAAAGAUUCGGGCUCAGCAUCGAUUGCUUUUGUCCGGCACGCCUAUUCAGAACAAUGUCCUUGAAUUGUGGAGUCUCUUUGACUUCCUCAUGCCUGGUUUCCUGGGCACCGAGCAGAGCUUUCAAGUGCGAUACGCCAAACCUAUUGGCGCCGCGCGAGAAGGGAAGGUUUCAAGUCGCGAACAAGAAGCUGCUACGCUUGCGCUUGAAGCGCUCCACAAGCAAGUGCUGCCAUUCCUCCUUCGACGCCUCAAAGAGGAUGUUUUGGACGACUUGCCGCCGAAGAUCAUCCAGGAUAUCGAAUGUGAGCUUGGACCCGUUCAGCGGAAGUUGUACGACGACUACCAGCGAUCCGCGAACAGGCAGGAGCUCGAAGAUGCAUUGAGCUCCGAGCAGAAAAGUUCGGAGAGUGACAGCAAGCAACAGCACGUCUUUCAAGAACUGCAGUAUUUGCGCAAGCUUGUCAACCAUCCCACACUCGUGUUCGACCAAGCCCGCGCCAAUCAUCGCGAAAUCGAGAAAGAAAUAGUCGCGGCGGGAGGAUCGCUUCAGGACAUCAGCCACGCGCCCAAGCUACUUGCUCUUCAGCAAUUGCUCAAUGACUGCGGGAUUGGCGUCAAGGUGAAGACAGAGGCGUCAGACACGUUUGCGGAAGGCGCUGUGGCUCAACAUCGAGUGCUCAUCUUCUGUCAGCUGAAGCAAAUGCUAGACAUUGUGGAGCAGCAAUUGUUCCGAGUCCACAUGCCGGAUGUUUCCUACAUGCGUUUGGACGGAAGUGUCAGUGCAGACAAGCGCCAUGGCAUCGUGCAAACCUUCAACUCGGACCCAAGCAUCGAUGUUCUGCUUUUGACCACAUCCGUGGGCGGCUUGGGCCUCACGCUCACCGGCGCUGACACAGUCAUUUUCGUGGAGCACGACUGGAACCCUAUGCGAGAUUUACAGGCUAUGGACCGCGCGCAUCGUCUUGGUCAAAAGAAGGUCGUCAAUGUGUACCGUCUCAUCACCAGAGACACGCUCGAAGCUAAGAUCAUGGGUCUGCAGCGCUUCAAAUUGAACGUCGCGCACUCGGUUGUGACGCAGCAAAAUGCUGGCCUAGAGAGCAUGGAGACAGACCAAGUUUUAGACCUGUUCGGAAGUGCGGAUGAGGCGCAGCCGAAUGGUUCUGGCACUGGUAAAGCAUCAAGUAAAGGAAUCAGUCAGCAAGCGCUGCUCGAUGCCAUCGAAAAUGCGCCCGAUACAGGCGACGACUACCAGUCGUCUAGCACUUGGACAAUCUAAAACACUUUCUCACACAUCGCUGGACUCAGCCGGCGCAUCAACAAUUGAUUGGGAAUUGUGCGGGUGCGUGCCACCAAUCGGAUCAAAUGUCAUAAUGAGCAUUGCAGAUCUUUGAGCAGGUUGAUCUUCAGAAAAGACCCUCCACGUUGGACGGGGCGACGCCACAAGGCAACCAGGUCGG